GGAAGCAAUGGAACCCAUCUUGAAUACAAAACAAAAAGUAGAUCUGCAACACUUCUAUUCUUAAGCCGCGAAAUCUAAAAUGGGGAGUAUCGUUUCCAUGGCUCUCCUCUUCGUCUUUGGAGUCCUGUUGCCUAACGCCGAUCUCGGGUCAUGUGGCUGCUUUAAGCGCAUCUUCGCCUUCGGCGACUCCAUUAUCGACACCGGCAACUUUCGUUCAGGUUCGAUGUGGAAGCCCCCUUAUGGAGGAACCUACUUCCACCAUCCCAUGGGCCGCUGCUCCGACGGGCGACUCAUUGUGGACUUCUACGCGCAAGCGUUGGGCCUGCCACUCCUGCCGCCGAGUGGGCCCGAGGAGAAGACGGGGCAAUUCCCCACCGGUGCCAACUUCGCCGUGUCAGGCUCUGUUGCCCUGUGCCCCGACUACUACAGUAAAAGGUAUAACUUCAAUAUGGGGCACGUUUGCCUCGAAUGGCAGCUCGGUUCCUUCAAGGCAGUGCUCGCACGGAUAGCUCCUGGAAAAGCUGCCACCAAGAGUCUCCUUAGAGAGUCCCUCAUCGUCUUUGGCGAGAUCGGCGGCAACGACUAUAACUUCUGGUUCUACGAUCGUGAUCGCAGCCGUGACACACCGUAUGAGUUCAUGCCGGAUGUGAUCUCCCGCAUUGGCUCCGGCGUCCAAGAGGUGAUCAACCUCGGCGCCAAGACGAUCCUUGUUCCGGGAAACUUCCCCAUCGGGUGCGUCCCGGUUUACCUCAGUGGGCACAAGACUAACAUGUCCGCGGACUAUGACCAGUUCGGCUGCCUCAAGUGGUACAACGAGUUCUCUCAGAAGCACAACCAACUAUUGAAGAAGGAGGUUGGCCGGCUCAAAUCUCGCAACCCUGGCGUGAAGAUCAUCUACGCCGACUACUAUGGCGCCGCCAUGGAGUUUGUCAGGAACCCCAAGAGGAAUGGCAUCAAUGACCCCCUGGUGGCGUGUUGUGGUGGCAACGGCCCCUAUGGCACCGGCCAUGAUUGCGACCUCAAUGCGAAGGUUUGCCGCGACCCAUCCAGGUUCGCCAACUGGGACCAGGUUCACAUGACAGAGAAGGCCUACAGUGUCAUCGCCCAUGGGGUGCUCAACGGCCCGUAUGCGGACAUCCCGUUGCUCCACGCUUGCUAGGAGAAUUUCCUUUGAGACCUGAAGAAAUGUUGCUGCUACCAAGAUCUGUUACGCGCACUUCUUGGAAUAUUUAUUAUUGUAUCGCCAUAAGAAUUGGUCAUGAAUGAAAUGGUUGGGUCUGUCACAUGAA